AUGACCUUAUCAAUUAAUUCAAAUACACUACAGAGUAAUAGUAUAGUAGAGGAUAUUUCUACAGAUUGGAAAAUACUUUACAAUUCUCAACUCUGGAACGAUAGUCAACUAAGAAAAGAAUUUAUUAAAACACCAUUUGUUGAGAACAAAGCGGUUACUUGCUGUUAUACUUGUCGAGGUAAAGUAAGAAACUACGAAGUGACACCUCCGGGAAAAUCAAACUUUUUACCCGGGAGUCACUCAACACCAAAAACGUAUUCUAAUACUAGGAGUAUAGAAUCUGACCUCCACGGCAAUUUUACUAUAGAAGAGGAAAGAAAUGAACCAGGUUCACAAAUCAUUCCUUCUAUUUCGAGACAAGUCGAUACUAGUUAUCGCCAAAAAUACACUUGUGCUGCCUACGACUCUCGCAAACGUUUCGAUGAGCAUAACCUAAGAAGCCUCAAAGGCGCAAGAUGUGUUUUCAAUUCAAUCUCAACUGAGAGCCUGUCGAAGAAGAAAACUCAACUUAAAGCUUGCUCAAUAAGUGUAAUGAUUUUGGCUGUGGUAACGAUAUGUUUGGUUUUAGUUAACUUUUCAACUCCUAUUUUGUCACGUGCAAAUAAUACUAGUACAACCGUAGUGCCAACGAUUGUUAAUGUUAAUGAAACAUCGUCUGCUAUUGUUAGCGUCAACUCAGAUCCUACAACGGACAGUGAUACUACUCAAAUAAUACGCGAAGAUGAAUCGACCAUAAGCGGUACGAAAGUUACCGUUAGCGAUGUUAUAGCAAAGAUUCGAAACAAUAUCAAAACGUAUCCAAAAACGAAACCAGUUAGUGAAUUGCCAAAAGAUAUAAUUAAUAGAGAUUUAUCGCAAAAAUUUUGUUCGUGCCAAAAAAAUGAAGUUUGCAUGUUGGAUGAGGAUAGCGGGACGUCCAUUUGUAAAAUUGCUGCCGAUAUAGAAGAUCCCACGGGUUGUGGAGGUCUAUGUGCAUUAGAAACCGAAGCUUGCCAGUUAGUGGAUAAGGAAAGGGGAAUCCGAGUAUGCCGUCUAUUGACACUAGAGAAUUGUUCAUCCCACGACUGGCGAUGCAGCAACGGUUUAUGCGUCCCGGCCAAUGCUAGAUGUGACGGUUCCAUACAAUGCUACGAUCGAUCAGACGAAAAACAUUGUGAUUGUGAUUUGACGAAAGAGUUUCGUUGCGGCCACUCAUUAUCAUGUUUUCCAAAUAAAAAAAUCUGCGACGGUACUAUUGACUGCUGGGAUGGAUUCGACGAAGUAAAUUGUACCUCACGAUGUGUUGAAGAUCAGUUUCCAUGCAACGAUGGUCAGUGCAUACUGCCAUCACGAUUUUGCGAUGGCUUUGCUGAUUGCGCUGACGGAAGUGACGAGCCUCAUGGAUGCGAAGGGUCCUGUGGAACACACGAGUUGCAAUGUUUCAAUCGUCGUUGCGUUUCAUUGGACGUAAAAUGCGACGGUCGUGAUGAUUGUGGUGAUAAUACGGAUGAGACACAGUGCUUUUAG